AUGUCAAUCACAAAUUCUACAAAUUCUACAAACAAUAUUAAAACAGAAGAAAUUGAUGUCGAAGAUCCGAAUAGAGCGUUAAUUGUAGCUGCUGCCGUUGCUUCGGCUAUAAGAGAAUCAAACCAACGUGACAAGGAAGCAGCUUGUCGGUUAAUUCUUGAAAAUAAAUCACUCACAGAAUCAGAAAAGAAUUUUAUUAGUUGUAAAAAAGAAGAAAAAUAA